UUCAUCCAUCCCUCUCUUAUCUGGUUUUUGCUGGUAGAGCAUCUCUCAGUAAUUUCAGCUUCUGCCUCUAAUUUUAACCACUUCACCCAUUGCUAAACGUGACUGCGCUUCACCCUUUUUCGAUUUUUUUUACCUUACCGCCUUUCUGGUCUCUGCAACUAAUAUCCGGCGACGGGAAAUGACAGACACUAGCUUCCCCGACCCUGUCGCACCAUUUCCCGAUGGCGGAGAACUACUUUACGGUCAUCGGACCGCCCUCUAUUCUUUCACUGAAAUUGAGUUACCGUCUCAGCCUCCGCCGCUCCAGAAACUCCGUCCGAUCAGAGGAGGCAACAAGAGAGAUUCAAUAGAAUAUACAGAUUUUCCAUCUGGAAGCCGUACUAGAUGCAACCGGACGUCCGUUGCUACCUUGCCUGAGGUAGAGUCUCAGGCUCAGCUACCUCCGCAGAAGCUCAAUCUAGUAACGAGUAGCGAUGCUUACCCGGCAGAGGGUUGCGAUUCCCUGAUGAAUACCGAUGAAGUAGAGUUUCAGAAACAAGAGGGUGACGCUGGAAAUAGAUGGCCGGAGGCGGAGACACUAGCGUUGAUGAAAAUUCGGUCCGAAAUGGAUUAUGAGUUUAGGGAUGAAAACCCCGAGGAGCCUCUCUGGGAAAUUGUAUCCAGGAACCUUGAGAGACUGGGAUACCACAGAGAUUCCAAGAAAUGCAAAGAGAAAUUUGAGAACAUUUACAAGUAUUACAAGAGAACCAAAGAAAGAAAAGUGGGCAGUCAAGCCAGUAAUGCUUACAAGUUCUUCAGUGAACUUGGAGCUCUGCAUGGUCCAGACAACAACAAUAACCCAGUAGCUGAAACCACAUUACUGGACAAGACUAGAAUCCAAGGUUUGUCUCCUGUGGAGGUCCCAACCCAAAUGGUCAGACUUGGAACCGACUCAAUUGAUUUUUCCCCUGAUUUCAGCUCUUGUUCUUCUUCUGAUGAUUCAACAUCAGAGGACAUCUCAGAACCCAUAAAUCGGAAAAGAAAAAGAAAAACAAGGAAGAAAUUACAGCAUUUCUUAGAAAGUCUAAUGAAAAAAGUGCUUAAGAAGCAAGAGCAGAUGCACAAGCAGUUAAUAGAGAUAAUAGAGAAGAGGGAGAAAGAUUGGAUCAUCAGAGAAGAAGCAUGGAGGCUGCAGGAAAUGGAGAGGGUGAAAAGGGAUAAGGAGGUGAGGGCCCAAGAGACUUCUCGCAACAUAGCCCUUAUUUCCUUUAUACAGAAGAUCCUGGGCAAGGAAUUCUACAUCCCACAAUCUUCAGUAACCUUGUACCCAGAAGAAAAUCAGGAUGAAGAAAGUGACAAGAAGGAUAACAAGUUCGAUCCAAUCAACAGGCGAUGGCCAAAAACUGAGGUACAGGCACUAAUCACACUCAGAGCCUCAAUGGACUAUAAGUUUCGAAGUACUGCCCCAAAAGUUUCUGCAUGGGAAGAGGUAUCUCUUGCAAUGGCAUCAAUGGGUUACAACCGAAGUGCAACAAAGUGUAAAGAGAAGUGGGAGAAUAUUAACAAGUACUUCAAGAGAACAAUGGAAAGCGGCAAGAAACGUUCAGGAAAUGGAAAGACUUGCCCAUACUUUUAUGAAUUGGAGAUCUUGUACAAAAAUGGACUCAUUAAUCCAGGAAAUUCCCUCUCUGUUGUGAACAAGGAAAACGAGGACAGGAAAGGAGGUGAAAUAGUGACUACUUCAACACUUGGUUCUAAUUCUUUCUCAACAUCAGAGACCGUGAAGAAUCUAGUGGAAGUUCGAUUUCAUAUGCAACAGCCUGACUUGUCUAGUGGUAUCCAUUGAUCAGAUUGAUCAGUAAUCUGAUUUCCUCUGUGCACCUCACUAC